AUGGUGAUGUUCCCUCUGGACGUGUUUCUCCAGGACCACACUCUCCUCUCUCUCUCUCGCACAGAUCUCUUCCGCAGGUUGAACGGAGCGUCGCAGGACACCAUGAGACUCGAGGCCACGGCGCCGAACCCUGCUGCACCCCGCUUCUGUGCCGUCAUCAGCUCCACCUCGGAGGAAGAGAUGGAGGGGAGGAGGUCUCCAGGGGCUGAGGCCACAGUGGAGGAUCUCCCAUGA